AUGAAAAACACAAUGUUAAUUUUGUAUUUCACUUUAAUUUUCGGUUUUCUUCCCCUACGCCUCAAAGACAUUCGAGUUGCACUAGCCAACCAGGCCUAUCCCAGUAAGGUACUGACGAUCUCAAAGGCCGACCUGAUUCAUAAGGAGUAUAAGAUGCUCGAAAUCAAAAUUUUAAGCAAAGAUAUGUUGAACAGUCAAAUUUUCACUCUACAGGAAGCGUGGAGUGGUGGUGUUGUUUUUAAAACGUUGGACGGUUUAAGAUCAUUUCGACAUUUUGACACAAUCAAGUAUAAGCCAUUUACCAACAACAGUCAUGAUCCAAAUAUUUAUAUUAUUAAGGCUGGAACAAAAUAUCCAAGAACAUUCCAGAUUGUCAGUGGAAUGGAGUGUUUAGAUGCUGUUGAAAGUUACAAUAAAGACGCAAUCAUUGCUAAAUUCAAUGAAUGCAACAAUACUGAGUCACAACUGUGGGGUGCCUUUACAGAAGAUCAGGUAAGAGGCUAUCUUGGACUUAAUACAACUCUAGAAGAUAAAAAUGAAGAAAACCUGAAAAGAAUGAUUGACAUGAUUGAUGAAAAAUCCCUCAAUGAGAUUAUCAAAUAA